AUGGAAGAAAUUCCUGAUGACGUCAACAAUCAGAUUCUUGUGAACAAUCUGAUGAUUCAGAAAGAAGCUGAGCCAAUAAUGGAGCAGGAAAAAUUGGAUGCCAAGGAAUUAAUGAGGGAAAUUUCUUCUGGUCCUGGACAGAACGGGCCAUCAAACAAUCUCCAAAUUCAGACCGACACUUUCUCCAGAAACCUGGUCAGUCUCAAGAACAGGAUGAUUCGCAAUAUUCCAGACCGAGUCAUUGGGGUUCCCAAAUUCUACCAGCACCUGGAUCAGAAUGUUAAAACAAAGGAUUGCGACAUCCACUAUGGUACGAUUUGCCUAAAAAAGGAAGCUGAUGACAGAAUUGUGAACAGCAAGCUACGCGAGCGCGACGUUCACAUCCACGGUCAAGUUGAAGACCGGUUCAACAUGUCAGAGGAGAUGUUCUUCAAGCUUUUCAAAAAUUGUUUGAAGAAAGUCAAUUUUCAUAUGAGCGCUGAAUUUUCUGAGAGCCAAGAGCCAUCACACAAUAUAGCAAAACUAGAUGCAUACCAUUCAAAAUCCUAUUCAAAAAAUUCAUAUUUGCUGGACAGAAGCAUCAGAAGAAAAAAGAUAAGAAAAGAUAUUUUCGCCACUACAGAGAGACUAGAAUUGCAAGAGAAAAUAAAAAAUCAAAAAGAGAAAUCAAGGCUCUUCGGAAUGAUCUUAGCAAGGAAGUGGACCAUGAACCGGUAUCUGUUCCAUGCUCCCACUUUGGUCGAUGCGGACCUUUUGCCAAAGAUUGUGUGUGCAAAGAUUAUUGCUCGCCUCGAUGCGAAUGCGACAUCGACUGCUCACAUCGCUUCCCAGGAUGUGAUUGUGCACCGGGACAGUGUCAAACGGAAGACUGCCAGUGUAUCCAACAAAGGAAUGAGUGCGAAGAAGGCCUAUGUCACAGAUGCUUGGACCACGAGAAUGAUAGUGAGUUGUCCCAAGAAACGUUCCUAUGGAUCGGAGAUGUGGAAACCACACGUUUCAGCGUGCAAUAGAAACUCUUUUAAAAAUUCAAAAGUCAAAAGUACUCGGAGCAGGAUGGCGAAGAGGGACAUCAAGAAAGGCGAGAUCGUUGGAGAAUACACGGGAGAGCAGAUAACCGAUGAUCAAGCGGAUAGAAGAGGGCAGGUUUAUCAUUAUGGCACCAGCUAUGUUUACCAUCUGCCGUAUGCCAUAGGGGCACUUGAUUCCGCAAAAGCCGGAAACGAGACGCGCUUCAUAAACCACUCGAACACUCCGAAUCUCACCACAAUCUUCAGGAUGUCGAAAGGAGAGCCACGAGUGGGUUUUGUUGCUGAUCAGGAUAUCAGGAAGGAUGAAGAAGUGUUUUUCCCGUACGGGUACUCUGAAGAGACACUGAAAUUCCUAUUUUCCACUAAACCAGGGGAUAGUAUGAAUCGAGUACUGGGGAGACAAGGGAGAAAGAUACGUGAACCAUCGCGGCGCCGUCAACCUCAUCGUACAACCAACCGGGACCAUCCUCGUCAGCCGACCAAACAUCAUCUUCCAGGAAACGAGGACCGUCAGACCUAUCCGGACCAUCAAGCCCCGCUAAAAAGAGAAAGUAUUAGUGAGCACGGCCCUCCUUCCAUCGCUUCUCCAUAUCUGUUCAAGCCACUUUUCUCAACAGCAACGAUGCCACGACUUCAGAAAUAG